GAUGAGAGGGGAGCUAUCCUGUCCCCGCUCCUCAUCUCCUCAAUCCUCUCGCCGCCAGAAAGUAACACUUCUGCACUCUAGAGCAGAGGAGAAACGCAUCCUGGCCAAGUACGCCUCUAUCCGAAGCCAAACCACACGCACACGCCGCGCCAGCCUCACGCUCUCACCCAUGUUUUGUGCGCGCACGCGUCCUGCUUCUUCUCGCCAACGACAAGCCGCACGCAGCGUCUCGCCAGCUAGCUGAUCAUGAGCAACGGCGACACGCUCGACAAGCUGGUGGUGUUCCUGGCGAAGCGCGACGGCAUCGACAAGCUGGUCAAGACGUUCCAGUACGUGUCCAAGCUGGCGCACUGGGGCGCCGAGUCUUCGCUCCCGGAGCUCGCGCAGCGCGCCAAGAGCUGGGAGACGGCGUCCGGGCUGAGCCGCAAGGCGUUCCGGUCGGGCCGCUUCCUGGCCGGGUUCAACGCGCUGCGCCGCGGCCCGGUCCCGGUCCCGGGGGAGCUCGGCGCGCUGGCCGUGCUGGCCAACGCCGGCGAGAUGGUCUACUUCUUCUUCGACCACUUCACGUGGCUGUCCCGCGCGGGCGUGCUCGAGCCCUGGCUGGCGCGCCGGGCCAGCUUCGUGUCGGCCUUCGGCGAGGCCGUCGGCUACGUGUUUUUCAUCGCCAUGGACUUCAUCAUGAUCAGGCGGGGCCUGCGGCAGGAGAGGGAGCUGCUGAGGGAAGGCGCCAAGGACGCCGCGGAGAAGGAGGUGCGGAGGAUCCGGGUGGACAGGGUGAUGCGGCUCAUGGCGACGGCGGCCAACGCCGCCGACCUGAUCAUCGCCGUCGCGGAAACCGAUCCCAACCCGUUCUGCAACCACGCCGUCACGCUGGGGAUUAGCGGCCUCGUGUCAGCGUGGGCUGGCUGGUGCAGCAGCAAUCGACAAGGUGGUGUUUUUUUUAAGACCUGCAUCAAGGCUCGAAUGCGAUUGCUCUCCGGCGUUGGACGGGCAGAUCUCGGAAUUCGGAAACGGACCUGCAACAGCAUCAGCACGACAAUGAUUCACCAACAAGUGUGCCAAAGCUUCGCGUCUGUUUACUGCUGUCUCCCUGUUGCUAGCAACCCGUGGAGUCCUUUUCGAUCUUGGCAAGAACGCAGGUUCCCAUAGCGCUUGACAGACAAAUUGAGACAGAAGAAGAUACAAAAACUACAAAAAAAAAAAA